AUGACACAAAGCAGCAGUGAGCGCACUGCACCCUCUCCCCCUGCCGCCCUUCCCCCGAAAACAGCCUACCCGAACAAAUACACAAGGAAACAAGCUCGGAGUGCGGCCACCGAGCCCGAGCAGCGCCGCAGCCGUGGGCUCCGCGCUCCCCGCCCGCGGGACUGCUCCUCAGCUGCUCUCCGCCUGCGCUGCCUCCUUCCUUUCUCUCUUUCCAAACUUUUCGGAGCUCGCUCUGAGCCGGCACAAGCCUGUAUUUAUAGACCUGGAGCCCACGGCUGUGUUUUUCCUUGUGCCUCCUUUGGCUUGGGCUUAAGUCACUGGCAGGGAAGACAGAAAAGAGGCAGGCAGGCGGACAGGCAGGAGCACGGAAGGGGAAAAGAGCUAGAAAUCCCGCGGUCGGGACCUGGCGGGAGGCUGGGGGAGGCAGCAGGAGGUGCGGGACUCCCCCCCUCCGUCUCCUGGUGGACGAGAGAGAGCAUUUUCCUCAGCGAUGUGCGCCGUAUUUGGUCUCUAAUCUCUGAAAUGAGUGUGAAAUCAGUUUUGACAUCUUUAGAAAGCCUGUCCUGCAGAGUAUCGUCCCGUACAAUGCCCUCGGUGGCCGGGAGCCAGCGACAGAUCCGAGUCAAAUGAAUAAAAGAAGUGCAGACGACUCGUCUUUGUACAGAGAAGUUGAAACGUGUUUGUGUGGAGAGUCUAGAAAAGCCCCAGUUUUACGGCUCCAAAUCAUAUCCUCAGCAGCAGAACACGAUCGCUAACCACAAGAGAAGGGGACAAAAUCCUGCUUGAGGAGUGUUGUGACAAGGAGCAGUAACUGUUUUAUUAUAAAAAUAGUGUUUGUUAUGAAGAAACCAUGAACGAGCAGACAUCCGGAUACACAUUCCCUGCAUCUAACAAGACUACUGUCUUCGUGGUUUUGUGUGCUGCUGUCCUUCUUAAUCGUUAUUGUCUUUUUUACUCAUAAUUAUGUACACUACUUGUCACUUGCCAUAAUUUCAGCACUCUCCAGCGCUCUGAAACUGCACAUAAAAACAACAGAAAGGGAUUUUUUUUCUGUAUAUACACAUCGAUAAAUUCAGUGCCUAUCCUAACAAUAUAGUAACCUUUUAAUAUACAUUUAUCGAGUCCACUUAUUAGACUAAUUCUUCCGUAUUUUUGGUGCACCUUAGUUGUUUUUUCCUAGACCUUGAAGAAUGGUAAUAAACACAUUUCUGUAUGUAGGAGAAACCUACAAAAAUAUAA